AUGGAACAAUCGCCAUUGGCUAGUGUCCUCGGACACCUGGCACAAACAGCAGAGCGUCAGACCCAGCUACAGCAGGCCCUCCCGGUCGGCGGCCCGCUCCUUGGCCGCCGACCGGGAGGCCAUGCGGGAGCUACUCGGCUCCGGGACCGGUUGGGCCUAAGCCCGGAGGAACAUCGCCGCCGGUUCCAGGCCCUGGCCUUCAUCGACGGCGUCCGGCCCUUCACCUAUGCCCAGCAGCUGCGGGACCAGGCGAGGAGGUGGCUGGGCCCAGAAAGAAACACACAGGAGGAGAUAGUGGAGCAGGUUGGCCUGGAGAGGUUCGUCGAGGGGCUUCCGACCAGAACAUCAACCUGGAUCCGGUACCACCAGCCCGGGAGCCUCUCGGCGGCCGUCAACAUCGGGGAGGGCCACCUGGCUCCCCCUCUGUCGGACCGACGACCGCCGAUCCCGCAGACCGGUGCAGCAGGCCUGCAGCCGGACAGGCCCAUCCCGGGGCCGAGGGCGAGAUGGGGGGGGGGUCCCAGUCAGGAGCAGGCACAUAGUGCACCUUCCCACCCCAUCCCGCAGAAGGGCACUCAGACGGCAGGGGAGGCGUGUUGGAGGUGCAGACAGCCGGGCCACCUUCGGAUCAGGGGAGGAGGCGGGAGGUUCUCAACCCGAGGUCCAAGCGCCGAGAUUCCCACCGGUGGACGAUUUCCCCCUCGAGCAGUCUCGUGA